CUGCUGUUGUCUCUGACAUAUUGUGAGAGUUCAGUUCAGCAGGACGAUGCUCCUUCCACUGCUGUUAUGGAUGGCAUUGCUCUGUCACAUCUCUGAUGGCCGGACUUCCUCUCAAAGACACAAGAGGACAGUUUGGGGACCUAAUAUGCGAAUAGUUGAGCCGGUCAUCGACCAUUCUCCGACGUUUUAUGUUUUAGCUCCAGCAAAGAUAAGACCUGGAACAAAACAGAACAUCCUGCUGGAGGGUCACAAACUCUCCCGGCAAUUAACAGUCAGCAUCACGGUCUAUGAUUAUCCAGUCUCCCAAACUGCCUUAAUGACGGGCUCUGUUAUCCUCAAUUCAGAAAACAACUACAGCGCCCUCAAAACCAUCGAGAUUGAUCCAAAUGUGCUACAACCAGAUGGAAAGAAGAAAUAUGUGAAGAUUGUUGCUCAGUUUAGAGCAUUCCAUCGUGCAGAAAGAGUAUUACCGGUGUCGUUCCGCUCUGGAUACAUCUUCAUUCAGACUGAUAAACCGGUUUACAACCCUGGAGACAAUGUGCGUUGCAGGGCUUUUGUGUCUGACACUGAAUUCCGUGCUGCUGAGAGGACCAUUUCUCUGGAGAUUCAGAAUCCAGACGGUAUUGCAGUACAUGGUAUUUCUAGAGCCAAAUCAAUCGAUGGGAUACUCUCUAACACCUACCCCCUCUCAUCUGUGGUCAAAGAGGGCAGGUGGAAAGUUGUUGCAAAGUUUGAUCAGGGAAAAGAGAACAUUUUCAGCCGAGAGUUUGAAGUCAAGAAAUAUGUCCUCCCAGCGUUCAACGUCACUUUGACUCCAAAGACAUCCCACCUCAGACUAGACGCAGAAAAGUUGGAGGUAGAAAUAACAGCCAGGUAUCUUUAUGGUGAACCAGUGAAAGGAGUUGCAUAUGUGCUGUUUGGUAUUGAAAUUGAUGGUGAAAAGAAGAGACUCACAUCUAUGAAGCAACUAAAUGAUCUGAAUGGAGGACAUGUUAGUUUGACUUUGGAAGAGAUAAAGAAGGCCUAUCUUGACACAAACAGCUUACUGGGGUCUUCUGUGUACGUCAAAGUAUCAGUAAUGACCAGCUCAGGUAGCGACCUUGUGGAAGCAGAGAAAUCUGGCAUUAAAAUAGUAAUGUCACCCUACAUGCUAUCUAUCAGAGACACACCAAAGUAUUUCAAACCUGGCCUGCCAUUAGCCAUGACGGUUACUGUGAGUGACCACGACGGAUCUCCAGCCCCCAAUACUCCUGUUAAAAUCAGCUUUCUUGAAAACCCAAUCACCGUACACAGCGGGACCAUCAAAGUCUCCAUCAACGUGCCUUUGAAGUACAGCUCAACGAUACUGAAAGUGGAGACAGCAGAUCCUUCACUGAAACCAGAACAGCAGGCUGUGCAAGAGAUGCGUGUGGAGUCAUAUGUCUCUUUUAUCGGCUACAGGAACUACCUGCACAUCUCAGUGGGCAACAGUCCAGUGGUGGUGGGCAGCACACUCAACAUCCAAGCUCACAUCAAAUCUAGCCCACCAGAACGAAGAAAACUUGUGGAGCAGCUGACGUAUGCUGUGUUAAGUAAAGGAAACAUAAUCCACGCUGCUAGGAUGAAUGUCAAAGACCUGGUCGUCAUAAACAUUCCUCUGCUGAUUACCUCAGAAAUGCUACCUGCGUUUCGCUUUGUGGCCUACUACAUUUUGCCAUGGCAGCAUAGUCCAGACGUGGUGGCAGACUCUGUGUUUGUGGAUGUUGAGGACCGGUGUGUUGGUUCGCUCAGUGUAGGUCCAGCGGAGGAAGAAAAACUCAAUUCGUACUCACCAGGCAGCAGCAUUACAUUUGAAGUGAAAGGAGACCCAGGGGCAAAGGUCAGCCUGGUUGCUGUGGAUAAUGCCAUCUUCCUGUUGAAUAAAAACCGUCUGACGCAGAAGAAGGUGUGGGAGGUGGUGGGUCAGGGUGAUAUGGGCUGCACCGCAGGAGGAGGCAGGAGUAAUAUGGGUGUUUUCAGUGACGCAGGACUGAUGUUUCAUUCCAGCACAGGAGCAUACACGGACUACAAAAAAGAUUGUUCCAGUAGAUCUAGAAGAAGACGUUCUGUUGCCAAACUACAGCUUAGAGAGCAACUUGAGAAGGCAUAUUCUGACGAGUUCCUGCAGAGAUGUUGUGUGGACGGCAUGAGGGAGAUUCCCAUGCCGUAUUCCUGCUACCGUCGCUCCCUCUACAUCACCGAGGACUGGAGCUGUGUGUUGGCUUUCCUUCGCUGUUGUGCGGAGUACAGAGGAGAGGAGCUUGGUGUCGUUACCAGACCCCCGACAACCACCCCUCCACCAACCACCACCCCUGUACACACCACCACCAAGCUACUUUCUUACCGGCGUUAUGUUUAUCACUAUCCUUCAAAAACUAUUGUCAGCGAACCUUCGACCCAUUUUGAGCGCAUCCGCACACCUGAGAUUGCAGUACGUGAGAACAGUCAUGCUGACAAGAUGAAAGAAGAAGAAGAGGAGGUGGAAGAGUUCGAUGAAGAUGAUUUAGCUGACUUAGAGGACAUUUACGUGCGCAGCAAGUUCUUCGAGUCGUGGCUGUGGACCGACAUUAGAUUACCCAGUGUCACCAAGUCUGAUGGGUUGGCUGUAUUUCCAGUAAACACUGUUCUUCCUGACAGCAUCACUCAGUGGGGGUUUCUAGCCGUCAGUGCUUCACCUCAGACAGGUUUCUGUGUAGCUGAACCGUAUAACGUCCGGGCGUGGAAGUCGUUCUUCAUAGAUCUGCGGCUGCCUCACUCAGUGUCCAGAAAUGAACAUGUGGAAAUCAAAGCUGUGGUGCACAACUACAGGAACUCAAAACUGGAGGUCAUGGUGAUUCUGGAGAAGACAGAGGACAUGUGCAGCAUAGCAUUUAGCAGACAGCACAGACAGCAGGUUUCGGUACCGGCCGGCUCCACCAAGUUGAUUUCCUACACCAUCAUCCCUCUUAAAACAGGAGAGCUCCCUCUACAGGUCACAGCCGUCGCAGCCUCCUUCAUGGGGCAGGAUGCAGUGAGGAAGAAUCUGCGUGUGGUAGUCGAAGGCAUCCAGACAAUUAAAGUGAGGAGCUUUGUGCUGAACCCCUCUGAGAAAGGAGACAGCGCUGGUAGACAGCAGAUAGAAGUGGAGAAGAUGCAGUUGGACGCCGUUGUGCCAAAAUCUCUGCCGGAGACAUUUGUCAAUGUCAGAGGUGAUUUGCUGGCAGACAGCAUUGAUAAUUCUAUUAAGGAGGACUCUCUGGCAGCGUUGAUCCGGAUGCCCGGCGGGUGUGUGGAGCAGAACCUGGCCAGAAUCACGCUGCCCCUCAUUGCCGCCCAUUACCUGGACCGCAGUGGAAACUGGGACACUGUGGGAAUAGAUCGCAGACAAGGGGCCAUCAAAUACAUCCAGACAGGGUAUGAAAAUCAACUUAAUUACCGGAAAAAGGAUGACUCGUACCCUCCCUACGCCAAAGAAGGCACCAGCACAUGGAUCACUGCAUACGUGGUGAAGGUUUUCUCCAUGGCAAAAUCAUUUAUUAGCGUCAAUGAGAAGCAUCUGUGUGGCCCUCUGGUGUACCUGCUCAAGAAUAAACAGCGUCCUGAUGGAUCCUUUCAGGAGGACAAUCCUGUCUACGACACCAGUAUGACGGGAGGCCUCUGCGGCUCUGAAUCCAGAGUGUCUCUGACCGCAUUCGUGAUAAUUGCUUUGGCAGAGGCACAAAAUGCUGUUACCUGCCAAGAGCCAGGCCUCAACAUACAGGACAAGUCUAGAAGAGCAGCGCUGUAUCUAAGAGGGCAUUUCCCCCGACUGACGAGGCCGUACACAGCAGCUAUAGCAUGCUACGCUUUAGCAGUAUCCAACCACGGCUGCAUGAAGAGCAUGUUACUAAAUUUAGCCUCACCUGAUCGUACCCACUGGCCUGACUCUAGUAAUUAUUUCUUCAUGCUGGAAGCUACUGGCUAUGCAUUGUUAGCGCUGAUCAAAGGUGGCCACAUGGAAGAGGCAGCCGCCCCCUUUCGAUGGCUUAACGAGAAGCGUGGCAUUGGGGGAGGAUACGGCUCUACACAGUCCACUAUGGUGGUGCUACAGGCCCUGUCUGAGUACCUGGUGAAGAGGCCUCCUCCUCAUGACCUCAAUCUGUUGGUGCAGCUCAGUGUUCCCGGUCGCAGUGACGUACGCUGGACUUUCAAUCCAAAAGUGGCAUAUGUGGCCCGAUCUUCACGGGUGCCUCUUGACCAGAAAUUCAGAGUGGAGGCUUCUGGGAAGGGCAAGGGAGUUUUGGAGGUAGUGACAGUGUACCACCAGCUUCCUGAUGUGUAUGAGAACAGCACAUGUAACGGCUUUCAGCUGGACGUCUCCAUCGCUGAGACUAAUGAAAAACCCCCACCGGAUGUAGAAAAGUCAUACAGACUUAGUAUCAACGUGAGGGCUCUGGAGGGACGCCAAGUAAGGAUGUCAAUUCUGGACAUAAGCCUGCCCACCGGCUUUGAGCCUGAAAACUCAGAUUUAGAGUUGCUCACAAAUUCGGUGGAUCGCUACAUCAACAACUUCCAAGUGGUGGACAACCUGAGCGACAGAGGAUCCCUCAUAAUUCACCUGUUUAAGGUGUCCAGUACUCAGAUGGACGUGAUCUCAUUCAGACUGCAUCAGAAAUUUAAAGUGGGACUCCUUCAGCCCUCCACUGUCACAGUGUACCAGUACUACAACAAAGAUAAACGUUGUAGCAGGUUCUACUCUCCUCCAGAAGACAAAGAGCAGCUUGAUCAGAUCUGCAAAGACAAUGUGUGCCGCUGCUCACAGGGUGACUGUUGUGUAAUGAAGGAAGACUCCUCGUCUUUCAGUAAAGAACACAGGAAGGCCGCUGUGUGCAGUGGAUUACAUCAUGCCUACAGGGUCAAACUGAUCAGCGUCAGCCAGAGUAACUACGACCAGUAUGAGAUGGAGAUUGUGCAGGUUAUCAAAGAGGGGACAGAGGAAGGCCUGAACGAGAAUGAAAAGAGGAUGUUCCUCUCUCAUGCAAGCUGUAGGACAGGACUUGGUUUGAUCGAAGGUCAGGACUAUCUGAUCACUGGGCCCAUCACUGAUGUUUGGCAUGGAGGGAGCACGUCCAACAAGUAUGUGUAUACGUUGGGUAAGGACACAUGGGUCGAGCGCUGGCCGUCCGAGUCUGAAUGUGGGGCUGGAUCCGCACUGGAGGUGAAAUGCGGCGAGCUGAAAAGCUUCGCAAAGGACCUGACAGAAAGCGGCUGUCAGACUUGAGACAGAUGUUGGUUUUUGAACAUACAGUACUAAUGGCAAAACUGUGGAUUUUAAGUCUACGGCACAUUUACAUGCAUUAAAAAAAAAAACACAACUACCAAAAUUAUGCUAACUGACAGUAAUUUAAUGCUACAUUUGUAACAGAAUGUUUGUAAAAACAAACUAAUACCUUGAGGACAUAUUGUACUGUGUAUCAAAAAGUGUUACAAAACUGAAAAAUUUGUUCCCAAAAGUAAAACGAUGGAAUUAAUUAGUACAACAUGACCAUGAAAAUAAUGGAAAUAAAACAACUAAA